CCGGCCACGCGAUUAUCUUAUCGGACCUGUGCUUGCUCUUGUCGUUUGACAAACUUACCAUCCGUGAUACUUUCUUUGGCCAUGGUAUGGCCCGAUUAAACGUUGAAGAGCUCAAAAAUGAACCUCAUCAAUUGCAACGUGGCCUCCCAACAUAUUCGACCGGAAACCAUCCAGCCGUAUCGAGACUCACCACCCACCGACAACGGCGGUCAGCAUCAGCGACUCCGAAAGGUCCCACACCUCACAACGCCAACGACCGAAACAAAGCUGUCGAUAACGGAGGAUUCGAUCCUGAAAACCUUCCUCAUCGGAAACAUAGGGACAGCUUUGACGCUUCCAAGCACACAAAACACCCGAAAUUCUGGUUUUACGACGGCUCGAUCGUUCUAAACGUUGAAGAUACCCUUUUCCGCGUGCAUAAAACGAUAUUGGCCACUCAUUGCGAGGUCUUCGACACUGUGUUUAGCAUUCCCCAGCAGGCUAGUUUGAAGGAAGAGAGGAUCGAGGAAUGCGCGGUUGUGAAUCUCACGGGCGACAAAGCGGAGGAUGUGAAUGAUUUGCUUAACGCACUGUACUUUUCAUCGCAUUUCGACCAACUGCAUGUACCCGAAGCAGAGCCUGAUGCCAUGCUCAAAUUCGUUUCGGGGAUCUUACGACUCAGCACGAAAUACCUAAACCAUACUCUCCGCAAGAAAUGUAUCUCUAUCCUCCAUUCCUACAUCCCGGUAACAUUCGAAGAAUACAAGCAACACGCCGCACGAUCUCUUCGUCGUUUUAAAUCUGAUACUCUCAUGGCAUGCGCUCGCUUGGCGCAAGAAACCAACGUACCGACCAUUUUACCCUAUCUCUUCUAUUGUAUCGCCCGACUCUCACCCCAACGUAUUCUCAAAGGCGAUCCGGGCGACAUCUGCUGGCGUGAUAAAACGAUAUGUCAAAUAGGUCGUGAACGGCUUCGUCAUGCUGAAAUGAGCAUGUCACACUCGUUUCUCUUAGCAUUCGUCCCUGCCGCCAAAUGCAAGACGAUCUUUUUAUGUAGUGCGGCUCGAGGUCCCCAUGCAGCCUGGCACAGUUUGGAGGGAUCCGGUAAAAGUUCGAACCCGCUCAAAGAGUUUGGCAAAUGGAAGGAUCUCAACGUCUGCGAAGAAUGUAUAGAAUUUUGCAAAGAUGCGCACAAAGAGGGAAGGACCGCAGUUUGGGAAUGCUUGCCGGCCUUGUUUGAGAUGGAGCGAUGGGAGGUACUGAAGAAAAGAGAGGAUGAAACGUUGUGCGAAGAUGCAGAUACAAAAGAGGAUUCGUUGCAGGACACAGAACAGCCAAAAUGAACUUAGGAUGAUCUAGGGGUCGGGAUUGGUGGUGAUAGCAACGUAUAUGGGGAUUCAAAUAUUCAGGCCUCGGGUCUUGUUGAUGGAGAUAGAAUUAACAUAUACGGUAUUGGCGUUGAAGUAUGGCAUCAAACGAGGCUGCAGGUCGCUUCUACGCCCGCGGUGAGUAGAGACUCGUUCGCCGCAGGGGGAGAGUUGCUACGGGUUAGGUGGAGCGAGCAUUUAGGCGGUAAGGUAUAUGCUCGAACGAGAGAGCGGCCGCAAGCCGUGUAUCUCGCAUUAAUGUACAAAUCAACGAUUGUAUCAAAGCAAUGUUUUUACGUCCG